AUGCACAUGAUGGAGCAGUCUAAGAAGGAAGAGAAUAUGGAGCGGUCUGAGGGUAAUACUUCUGCUUCUGCUGUUGGAACUACACUUGGGGAAGAGCCUGUGAGGGAAGAGACUACACUUGGGGAAGAGCCUGUGAGGGAAGAGGGUACUUCGGUUGGUAAUACUUCUGCUGUUGGAACUACACUUGGGGAAGAGCCUGUGAGGGAAGAGGGUACUUCGGUUGGUAAUGCUCCGGUUGGUAAUACUCCUGGAGAGUUGGAACAUAUUCUCAGGAUUAGGUUUGACGACUUGAAGAAGCAACGACGAGAGCUUCAGAAGUUGGUCCCGAAAAUUGGUGAUUCUGCGAGAAGGAUUGAAGUGCAGGAUUAUCUGGAUUCUAUGAAUCCAUGUGUGCAGGGUACGUAG